GCAGGUGGACCGACCCGCCCACAGACACGCCGGCAGCGGGACUCUGAACCGGCCACUGACCCACCGACCGACCGGGGUAAACAUGGCGGAGGCAAAGCCCAAGACCUCUCCGAAGGCUAUCAAGUUCCUGUUCGGAGGUUUAGCCGGACAGACAGUGUGUCUGCAGCAGCUGCUGCUGUAAAUGUCGUGACCCGUCUAAAGUCGUCCUUCCUGACAGGAGUCUGAAUCUACACCGACCGUCCCACAUGUUGGCCGACUUCCAGCACUGAGGAACUAACUGUCUGCUCCACAUGCUGUACAACUGUUUAAUAUCAUUACAUCUCUGAGGAAUUAUCCUUCAUGAUUUCUUCUAAACUGAUUUUUAAACCGACAUCCAGUGGCUUCACCUGGAUGUUAAAUUUCAGGAUUGAAUGAUCUGAGCUACAGCGAGUCUUCAGGAUGGGAGCUACAGUGUUUGUCCAGCCGUUGGACCUGGUGAAGAACAGGAUGCAGCUGAGUGGUCAGGGGACGAAGGCCCGAGAAUACAAGACCAGCUUCCACGCUCUGUUCUCCAUCCUGAAGAACGAGGGAGUUGGAGGCAUCUACACGGGGCUGUCUGCAGGUCUCCUCCGCCAGGCCACCUACACCACCACCCGUCUGGGGAUCUACACCAUCCUGUUUGAGAAGAUGACCGGAGAAGAUGGUAGACCACCCAACUUCUUCCUCAAGGCUCUGAUCGGGAUGACAGCUGGAGCUACAGGAGCAUUUGUAGGAACUCCAGCAGAGGUCGCUCUGAUCAGGAUGACGGCUGAUGGACGGCUGCCUCCAGACCAGAGGAGGGGCUACUCCAACGUCUUCAACGCCCUGGCCAGGAUCACCAGAGAAGAAGGCGUGGCCACGCUGUGGAGGGGUUGUGUUCCCACCAUGGCCCGGGCAGUGGUGGUCAAUGCUGCUCAGCUCGCCUCCUACUCUCAGUCCAAGCAGGCGCUGCUCGAUUCAGGAUACUUCGGAGACGACAUCCUGUGUCAUUUCUGUGCCAGUAUGAUCAGCGGCCUGGUUACCACGGCAGCCUCCAUGCCCGUGGACAUCGUGAAGACCAGGAUCCAGAACAUGAGGAUGAUCGACGGGAAGCCCGAGUAUAAGAACAGUCUGGAGGUGCUGGUCAGGGUGGUGGGCUCUGAAGGCUUCUUCUCCCUCUGGAAGGGCUUCACUCCGUACUACGCCAGACUGGGACCUCACACUGUCCUCACCUUCAUCUUCCUGGAGCAGAUGAACCGCCUCUACAAGACCUACGUCCUGGACCGCUGACACACACCUACACCACAACUACACACCUACACCUACUACACAGCUACACCACAACUACACACCUACACCUACUACACAGCUACACCACAACUACACACCUACAACUACACAUUCACAGCACCAGGACUGUGUGACUCGCCUCAUUCUGAACCAACAGUGUUUCAUGAACUGUUCCUGUGACAUCAUGCGGGUCGUACCACAUCACCCCUCCCCCCCCCCCAGGCUGGCUGACUUGGUACGGUCCGACUGGCUCUUUGAUUCUUUUUGUAAAGAUCAGAACAUAAAUAAAGUAGGUAAUUAAUAUUAAUAAUGUAAAGUCUUAUUUGUAGAAGUGUGACUCACCUGACUCCACGGCAUCAUGGGAUGGAUGUGUCACCACGGUAACGGCCGGUUACUUCCUGGAUUGGAGGGCGGAUUAAUAAAGAGUUUUAAGCCUCA